CCUCCUCCCGCUUCUGCCCGUUACUCCGCCUCCGAGCUGCUGCGGCUGCGACGCGAAGCGGGCCUGAAGCCGGCGAGGCCCAACGAAGCCAGGCUCGUAAAGCAGAGACGGCCGUCAAGACCCUCGCGCGACGGGAUGGCUUCCUUGAUCACUGAACCUUCCUCCUGUGAUACUUUUGUGGCUCUACCUCCAGCCACAACUGGCAGCAGGAUCAUCUUUGGAAAAAAUUCAGAUAGGCCUUCAGAUGAAGUCCAGGAGAUUGUGUACUUCCCUGCUGCAAGUCAUGGCCCAGGAGAAAAAGUUGAGUGUACUUAUAUAGAAAUUGAACAAGCACCAGAAACGCAUGCAGUUGUUCUGAGUCGCCCCUCCUGGCUCUGGGGUGCUGAAAUGGGGGCCAACGAGCAUGGAGUCUGCAUUGGGAAUGAAGCAGUGUGGGGGAAGGAGGAAGUCUGUGAUGAUGAAGCCCUCCUAGGCAUGGAUCUUGUCAGGCUUGGACUGGAAAGAGCUAAUACCGCAGAAAAAGCUGUUGGUGUCAUUGUCGACUUGCUGGACAAGUAUGGUCAAGGUGGAAACUGUAUGGAGAGUCAUAUGGCAUUUACAUACCAUAAUAGUUUUCUGAUAGCAGACAGAAAGGAAGCUUGGAUACUGGAAACCUCUGGAAAGUAUUGGGCUGCAGAGAAAGUAGACGAAGGAGUGAGGAAUAUUUCCAAUCAGCUAUCAAUAACAACCAAGAUUGAGCGUGAGCAUCCGGAAAUAAAGAAUUAUGCUAUAAGCAAAGGCUGGUGGGAUGGAAAAAAAGAAUUUGAUUUUGCUGCUACCUAUUCAUAUGUGAAUACUGCCAGGAUGACUACUACCAGAGGCAGAUACUGUGAAGGCUAUAAACUGCUGAAGAAACAUGAAGGCACAGUAACAGCUGAGACAAUGAUGGCAAUCCUUCGGGAUAAAGAGAGCGGCAUUAAUAUGGAAGGAGGCUUUAUGACCACUGGAAGCAUGGUUUCCAUACUUCCUCAGGAAACAAGCCUCCCUUGCAUUCAUUUCUUCACAGGAACUCCAGACCCUGACAGGUCUGUCUUUAAACCUUUCAUUUUUGUGCCAAAUAUUACGCAGUUGCUAAAAACCAGCUCCCCAGUGUUUGGUCCCGAUGAUCCAGUUAAAAAGCAACCACGAUUUCAGACAAAGCCAGACAGAAGACAUGAACUCUACAGAAAACAUGAAAGUGCAGCUCUAGUGAUGGAGUCUUCUAAGGAAAAGGGGGACAUGAUAUUGGAACGGAUCCGAAAGUUGGAGAAAGAGAAGAUUAAGGAAAUGGAGCAUAUUCUACAGAACAGAGGCCUUGAUGUUGAUCAAGCAGUUAAUCUUUUCUCAAACUGCACAGAAGAUGAAAUCCAGGCAUAUGCGUAAGAUAAUACUGGCAGUUAGGUUUCUGGGUAAUUUGUUUUACUUCUCAAAGUGGUUUUGUUUUUUGCACAUCCCCAGCUCUAGCCAAAUAGCAUAUUAUAAUAUGGAUAUAGUCAGAAUAGAAAGCAAGGGAAUUUUGAAUUAGGUUUCAGGAGUGUAACUGACCAACCUCCAAAUACUGGCCUUUAAUGAUGGAGAUAUUUCCUCUUCAUAUAUUCUGCACUGAAACUGGUGUGCAUUUCUCCCCAUCAUAGCACUAUCACCACCUUCUGCCCAGGCUGGUAGGGUUGUGAAUAUGGGGUGGGACGUCUGCCAGAAUUUUCUUCCAUCCCCCAUUGGACUGCUUUACUAUAAGAAUACAUGCACUGUGAAAUUUCAAGGGGGCAGCAAGUGUAAAACUUCCCAGCUGAACCAAUGCAGUUGUGAUUUCUCAGUAUUUAAAUGCGGAAGGGCCUAUUCUAGCAUGGCUUUCUUCUCUUAACUCAGGGUAAUGUGAAAAAUACUAGUUUCACUUUAUAGUGUGAUAUUACAUUAAUAUAUUGACCCUCAAGAUGCUUUCUAGUGCAGUCUGCUUACUUGAAAUUAGAAGUCCUGCCACUUCAAGUAGGAGACUUUAAAAAGAAACACCCCAGAAUGUAAUUGUGGAUGGUUAAUUUAUAAAAUUGACUUGCUAGGGAAGAACAAGUCCUACAAAAGUUAACUGCACUGAGUCCCAUUGAAAACAACAAGCUUUAGUAAUGGUGACUAAAGUUUCAUUGCUUUUGUUAGAUCUUUGCUAUGGCUGAAAUUUGGCUGUGGUGGAUACAGAUUUUAAGUGCCCUUAUGUAGCCACGUGUGUUGAACUUAGGCUAAGAAUAAUGGUAGAAUCCUAAAUGAACCAACAGAAAAUUAUGAAAUAAAUUCUUAGUUAUUUCAGGUGAAGGCCACUAAGGUUCUGUAAAUGAGGAUUGUUUUAGACACCCUCACUUGAACGAGGGGCCAGUUUACUGUUUCUAUAAGAUGACUGGGCGUAUAAGACGACCCCCAACUUUUCCAGUUAAAAUACAGAGUUUGGGAUACACUCGCCGUAUAAGAAAUACGACCCGGCGUAUAAGACGACCCCCGACUCUUGAGAAGAUUUUCCUGGGUUAAAAAGUAGUCUUAUGCGCAGGAAUAUACAGUACGCAAUACAGCUAAAAUUAUGCAACAUAAAUUCAAAAUAAUGGAAAGAUGCUACUUUUUCAGUUUAUAUAUACAGGAAAUGGCACUGCUAUGUUAAAACACAAAUGCUUCUACUGCCAAAAAAUAAAUUGCAAAUUCUGUGUAGAGAACCAAGAGUGCUCUGUAAUUGGUUGGGUUUUAAUGUUUUGCUUUGGUUCACCUUUGUGAGAAAACUCCCCCUCCUCUGGAAAUAACUACUGGGUGAGUGUGCAAAAUAGCAAGUACAUAAUUAUGUUGGACUUAAUUCUGUAGGCAGCAACUUUAUUCAACUUUGAAAAGGAAUGUACAGAAGACCAAGGUUAAACAUCUGGAUUUAUUGAGAAACUGGAGUACAGAAUGCAGAAAUGCCAACUACUUCCAAAACACAUUUUUCCAUAAUUCCUCCCAAACUAGACAAAAGCAUGAUUGGCCACAGAAAUGUAAUGCAUUCCUGUCGUUUCAACUGCAGAUCAGAUUAAAACCACACUUUAUAACAAACACAGUUUUCUACAUUGUGGAAGAUAGUGUUUCUUCUGUAACAUAUACAAACAGGCCUGUCAGUUCAUGUGUAAGGUUGACAUAAAAUAGAUUACAUGUUUGACAGCAACAGGAAGUGGUUUAUUCGUACAUUUCGCAUGCACAUUCAUGCAGUUGUGGCUACUGAAAUGAUGACUAAGCUGCUAGCCCCAACUCCCUAUUAUCGGAGGCUAAUGGCCACAAGUCCAAGAAUACUCUUUCAAUCCAUACCUCUAUAAAAAUAAAGCACACACACCACUCAUCUGGCAAAAAAGGGUUAGGCAACAUAACAGAUCUCAUGACUGUAGGUGAAGAAACAAAAGUCACACGGCAAAUUGUUCCUUCCAGUGAAUUAAGUUAUUAUAAAAUGGUCGAUAAAAUGACCACUCUGGUAUAUA